AUGCUUAACUGCAAGCUUGUCCCCACGCCUAUCGACACGAAGGCCAAGGUCUCUGCGCUCGACGGCUCACCCGCGCCAGAUGCAGCGUUCUACCGCUCCAUCGUCGGCGCUCUCCAGUACUUGACACUCACUCGGCCGGACUUGCAGUACGCCGUCCAGCAGGUGUGUCUCCACAUGCACGCCCCUCGCGACACUCACUGGAACCUGGUGAAGCGGAUUCUUCGGUACAUCCGCGGCACCACAGAUCUUGGUCUUACGUUGACGGCCUCGCCCUCGACUGACCUGGUCGCCUACAGUGACGCCAACUGGGCUGGCUGCCCGGACACGCGACGCUCGACUUCAGGCUACUGCGUCUACCUGGGGCCCUCGCUCAUAUCGUGGUCGUCUAAACGACAACCCACGGUCUCCCGCUCCAGUGCCGAGGCUGAGUAUCGUGUUGUGGCCAACGCCGUCGCCGAGUGCUCGUGGCUUCGCCAGCUCCUCCAGGAGUUGCUUUUGAUGUUCUGA